AUGGACGAGCAACCUAUAUGCCAAAUCAUGGUUUUCGAUUACUCGAUGAGCACUCUCGGAGCCUAUUCGGAAUUUGUCCACACGAUUCAAGUCACGUAUGAGAGGAGGACAUUCGACUACACUGUUAUCUUGAUUCUUGAUAACGAAUCGGAAAUCUUUGCCGGUCGCGAGCAAUGGGGCUUUCCAAAAGUGUUUGGUCAUGUGGACUUGAAAACAAAAACCGGAUCCUCGUACAUUAGCGCCCGCGUCGAACGCCCGGUAAGAGAGCAUGUCGUUCAGCUUGGAUUUACUCCUCUCGCGGAACAGGAAAGUCCCAGCGGGGUCGAGAUGAACCCUACACUUUCUCUUGGUGUAGUUCCGGGGGUACAUCAGAAUGCAUCACCAGCCGUCAAGGAGCUGGUGUCGUCUCGUAUGCUGAUGACUGGGGGUCACUUUUGGUUUGGGAAAGGCUGCAUCGCGUAUCCAAUCCAGAACGCUCUGAGCCCUAGCUGGAAUUUGCCCGUUGUGGCUCCUAUAGUUUCUUUCUACUGGGCGAAUACCAACGCUGAGUUGGUCUUGGAAGAAGUAUUGAGUUUGUAA